AUGGAAAGAGGAGGACGGGCCCGCAGAGCCCGUGAGAACAAGGGGCCUGAGGAAGGGGCGAGUCCCGGGGGUACCGAGGGGCGGCCGGGGGAGCCCGGGGAGGCCCGAGGGGACGGGGACGGGGGCGAUGCCGCGGCCCCGCUCCAGGUACCUGAGGCGCUCCCGGCUCCGCCGUCCGGGAGCUGCGGCCCAGGGCCCCCCGGCCCGGCCCUUCCCGGGGCCCGGAGCGUGUCGGGGCCCCCGGCCCGGCCCUGGCCCUGCCCGGCCCGGCGGGUCCGGGGGUCCCCGGUGGGGCCCGGAGCGAUCGGGGCCGGGCCGGGCCCGCCGGAGCAGCCGCACCGCCAGCAACGCGCGGCCGCCAGGGGGCGCCAGGGGGGCGCGGCGGAGCACGGGGGCGGGGCCUUGGGGGCGGGGCUUGGUUUUCCCAGCCCAGGCUCCUCCAUUCCCUCGCGUUCUCCGGAGCAGGGCGGGACGGCGGCCAAGCCCGGAGCGGCGGAACCCGGGGCCCGGAGCGCCGGGAAAGGACAGCUCAUGUCCCUGCCGAGCCCUGCAUGGCCCCAGCGGGACCAGCCCUCCCCGUGCAGCGCCAGCACCGCUCUGCCCCCGGCCUCGUCCGAUAGCGACUCCGGCUGUGCCCUGGAAGAGUACCUGGAACCUUCCGUGGACCCCGCGCCCCCCGAGGUCCUGCCGUGCUUCGGGCCCCGCUCGCCGCAGCCUGGCUCUGCCCCUGACAGGACCCGGCUCCGUGCCAGAGCCCUCCUGCAGCAGCUGCCUCCUCAGGACUGCGAUGAGCGGUACUGCCCCGACCUGGCCGAGGAGGAGCGGAGGCAGCUCCGAGCCUUCAGCGCCCGCCGCAGGCAGGAGGCUCUGGGACAGGGCCUGGCGUGUCCCGUGCCAGGUCCCUGCCACGGCUGUCCCUGCAGGAAGUGCGGCCGGAGGCUGAACAAAGGGGACCCGGGGAUUUCGGCGUCUCGCCUGGGGGACCAGUUCUGGCACCCGUCCUGCUUCUCCUGCCACUUCUGCCACCAGCAGCUGGUGGAUCUCAUCUACUUCCAGCAGGAUGGGAGGAUCUACUGCGGCCGGCACCACGCCGAGCUCUUCCGACCCCGCUGUGCCUCCUGCGACCAGCUCAUCUUCAUGGAGGAGUGCAUCGAGGCCGAGGGCCGGCGCUGGCACCUGGAGCACUUCUGCUGCCUGGAGUGUGACGAGCCCCUGCGCGGGCAGCGCUACGUGAUGAGGAGCGGCCGGCCGUGCUGCCGGAGCUGCUUCGAGAGCCUCUUUGCCGAGCCGUGCCAGGCGUGCGGGGACCCCAUCGGUGCUGACAGCGAGGAGGUCACACACCAGGGGCUGCACUGGCACGCCCGAGCCUCCUGCUUCUGCUGCAGCCUGUGCCGAAAGGCGCUGCGGGGACAGCCCCUCACCUGCCGCCGCGGCCGCCUCUUCUGCUCCGACACCUGCAGCCGCGGCCAGGACGCCUCUUCCACCGCCUCCGACUCCUCCGACUCGGCUUUCGCCUCCGCUCCAUCCCCCGACUCCACGCCGCUGUCCCGAGCCGGCAGGAGCCCGGCGGCGGGGGGCUGCAGGCAGCGCGGGGAAGGGGCCGAGGAGUUUUUGGACCAGCCCCAAGUGCACCCCGCGUUCAGGAGCCCCGAGGAUCUCGGAGCAGCCGCACGGGAGAGGAGCAGUGAUGCUGCCAAGGAGCACUCGGGGGUGCUGGGACCCCCAGCCGGCCACCCCUCAGCCCCCCAGCCCAGCCCAGAGCGCCCCAACGAGCCUGGAGCCUUGGGCCACCCGCUUUUGGGGGGCCCUGACCCCCGAACAGCCGCAGGCAAUGGAAACCCACAGUUCCAAUUGGGCGCGUCCCCUCCCCGACACGGCCCCCGGGCAGAGGAUGGCACGGAGGAGGAUGACUCCUGGUGUCCCACCUGCUCCUCAUCUUCGGACUCAGACUCGGAGGAGGAAGGUUUCUUUUUUGGGAAGCCCAUCCCCAAACCCGGGAUGAAUUCCCUGGGCAGAGAGCCCCAAGGAAGGGGCAGGGGCAGGACGGCCAAGCACUGCAGUGUGUCCUAACAGCGGCGCCGGGGGUCCCCGAGUGGCACUGCCAGGUCCUGCCACGUCCUGCCAGGUCCUGCCACGGCCUCAACGCGUUCCAAGAGCGUCCUGGACACGGCCCAAGGCGGGUGGGAGAAGCUGCUGGGAUCCUUCCCCCCCGGCAGCUGCUGGCAGAGCAGAGCCUGCAAUUCCUGCCAGCCUCUCCCACAAUUAGGAACAGGUAAAGCAGGAAGGGAGCGGGGCCGGCAGCCCGGGCUGGGCCUCC